CUUCAAAUGUAUACAUCCGGUGAAACAUCUGUUUCUGUCUGAUGGGACUGGCGUAUCCUCUUAGGACAUGGCCGAUGAUUAGUUAAUGCUGGUGCUUAAACCGAUGACAGACUCAAAACUGUUUUGCUACAUGAGAAGGUACAAGAAAAAGGAGUUCAAACUUGGCAAGGUGUUUAGCUAGCUAGCUACGGUAGAUCGAGAAGGGGUGUCGCUUGCUGUAGAAAAGGAAAACAACAUGGCGGCAUUGGAGCUCGAAUGGAUCCCAGAGACUCUGUACAACACUGCUAUAUCAGCAGUGGUGGACAAUUACAGUCGAUCGCGAAGGGAUAUUCGUUGCAUCCCUGAGAAUAUUCAAUUUGAUGUGUAUUACAAGCUGUACCAGCAGGGUCGGCUCUGCCAACUGGGGGGAGAGUUUUGUGAACUGGAGGUGUUUGCCAAAGUUCUACGGGCAUCUGAUAAAAGACACCUCCUGCACCACUGCUUCCAGGCCCUGAUGGAUCAUGGGGUGAAAGUCGCCUCCGUCCUGGCCAACUCCUUCAGCCGUCGCUGCUCCUACAUUGCAGAGUCUGAUGCCCAUGUGAAAGUGAAGGCCAUUCACUUUGGCUUUGUUUUAGGUGGCUUUCUGUCUGACGCAGGCUGGUAUGGUGAUGCAGAGAAUGUGUUUCUGGCAUGUCUGCAGCUGUGCACACUGCAUGAUGAGGUUCUGCACUGGUACCGUGCUGUGGAGUGCUGUGUCAGGUUGCUUCAUGUCCGGAAUGGCAACUGCAAGUACCAUCUUGGUGAAGAGACUGUCAAGUUGGCCCAGCUGUACAUGGACAAACUGGCCAAACAUGGUCAUCAGGCCAACAAAGCUGCACUCUAUGGAGAGCUGUGUGCUCUGCUCUUUGCUAAGAGCCUUUAUGAUGAGGCCUACAGGUGGUGCAUAGAGGCAAUGAAAGAGAUCACAGUGGGUUUGCCUGUUAAGGUUGUGGUAGAUGUCCUAAGACAGGCUUCCAAGGCCUGUGUAGUAAAGAGGGAGUUCAGGAAGGCAGAGCAUCUGAUAAAGCAUGCUGUUUUCCUGGCACGUGAGCAUUUUGGACACAAGCAUCCCAAGUAUUCAGACACUCUCCUUGAUUAUGGUUUUUAUUUGCUGAAUGUGGAUAACAUCUGCCAAUCAGUUGCAAUAUACCAGACGGCUCUAGAUAUCCGGCAGUCGGUUUUCGGGGGAAAGAAUAUCCAUGUGGCCACAGCACACGAGGACCUGGCAUACUCCUCCUAUGUGCAUCUGUACAGCUCUGGCAAAUUUGACAAUGCACUAUUCCAUGCAGAGCGGGCCAUAGACAUUAUCACUCACAUUCUCCCGGAGGAUCAUCUGCUGCUGGCCUCCUCCAAAAGAGUCAAAGCUCUGAUCCUGGAGGAGAUUGCUAUUGACUGCCACAACAAGGAGACAGAGGAGAGGCUGCUCCAGGAUGCCCAUGACCUCCACCUCUCCUCUCUCCAGCUGGCCAAGAAAGCCUUUGGGGAGUUCAAUGUUCAGACAGCGAAGCACUAUGGCAACCUGGGCCGCCUCUACCAGUCCAUGAGGAAGUUCAAGGAGGCAGAGGAGAUGCACAUCAAGGCCAUCCAGAUCAAGGAGCAGCUUCUGGGUCAGGAGGACUAUGAGGUGGCUCUGUCUGUGGGCCACCUAGCCUCUCUCUACAACUACGACAUGAACCAGUAUGAAGAUGCAGAGAGGCUUUACCUGCGCUCCAUUGCUAUCGGUAAAAAGCUGUUUGGGGAGGGCUACAGUGGACUGGAAUACGACUACAGGGGCCUAAUUAAACUUUACAACUCUGUGGGGAACUAUGAGAAAGUCUUUGAGUACCACAAUAUUUUAUCCAAUUGGAACCGGCUGAGGGACCGGCAGUUUGCUGUGGCUGAUGCCUUAGAGGACGUAAACACCAGUCCCCAGGCCACCGGGGAGGUGGUGCAGUCCUUCCUACUGUCACAGAACAAUGGGGCUGGCCCACCUGCUUAGGCUCACCACACAGACACACACAUGCCCACAUACUGAUAGAAACGCUAAAGGUGUUCACGGCUCACUUACAUUUGUUGAACACACCCUCUCCACAUCAAGCUAUAUGGUUGGCUAUGGGAAAAUGCACUAUCGCCUGUGGAAUGCAUAUAAUCUAGUGUUUUUGUCCUCACUUUUGCGCCCAACGGGGGCAUUGUCCUGUGAUCAAACCGGUAUUGAACAUUUGAUGGAAGGAACCUCUUGCCAUCCACUUCGCAUCACCUAACAUCGCUUUCAUCACCUUCAGUCUUCUGUAAGAGGAAUUGAGAAAAGGGGGUAAAAUAAAACAACGACAUCAUAGUGUGUUCUAGCUCUAGAAUAGGAAUUGGUUUGUUUUCGGCUUCAUUUUUGGUCAGCGCUUGCCCUUUGUUGACCAUUGGGAUGUCCCCUACAAGCAUGGAUGGAGCACCUUUUUACUUUGGCUAAUUAUAAAGAGCAAGUUACUUCUUGUGGGUGGAAUCCUUAUUUUAUUGUUCUAAUGUCAUGAGGGAGUUUACAAAAGAGUUUUCAUCCAUGGACCAAAUCUUCAGUUUCCUUUUUGCAACACCUGUUUUUGUCUCCAUCUAAAGACGUUGGCGCAGUCUUUAUGCUUGUGCUUAAAGGUUGUCCAUGAUUUGAUGAAUUUGAAAUGCACCAGUGUGUGUAUUAAAUUUGACCACAAUUGUG